AGCAUUGUUUACGUCUGUCGUGAAAGUAGGUCACAGGAGAGUGUGACAGUUAGCUGGUGGACAGAAUCCGAUUGCUUUUACAGAUACAUACAUUACAGUGUCAUACUAACAUCUUUAGGUAUACGAGACUCCAACGAUCGCAGUGGUAUCCCUGAAAGACAGGUGUGAAGGCUCCUGGUUGGCAUGUCAAGGCGGAGCAGAAACAGCAGGGCGUGGAGGUACGUGUGGAGUGGAAUCCGACGGGAUGCAGAUGCAAGAGCGUUGGUGCUUGCCUCUGAGAAUGAGGAGUGGGGUUAUGAUCGCCAGCAGUACAGUGACUCUGAUUCUGAAGCCGAGUAUCCAGCCAUUGUUCCGGCGGUUCCGAGUGCAGUGCCUGUAACCGGAGAGUCAUACUGCAGCUGUGAUUCACAGAUGGAGCUCAGCUGUAACCCACGGCUCCGUGGUUACACACACUUGCGAGACUGCCACUGUGGAGAGGAUGACCAAGAUUUUGACUGGGUGUGGGAUGAGGGCAGCCGGUCGUCUGCAACGCUGCUGAGCUGUGAGAACAGGAAAGUGAGCUUCCACUCUGAGUAUAGCUGUGGAACGGCAGCCAUUCGCGGCUCCAAAGAACUCUCAGAGGGACAACACUUCUGGGAGAUUAAAAUGACUUCCCCUGUCUACGGCACAGACAUGAUGGUUGGUAUUGGCACAUCAGAUGUGAAUCUGGACAAAUAUAGACACACAUUCUGCAGCCUGCUGGGUAAAGAUGAAGACAGCUGGGGUUUAUCAUAUACAGGUCUGUUACAUCAUAACGGUGAUAAAGUGAGCUUUUCGUCACGUUUUGGACAGGGUUCCAUUAUUGGUGUUCACUUGGACACUUGGCACGGCACCCUCACCUUCUACAAAAACCGCAAGUGCAUUGGUGUAGCAGCUACAGAGAUGAAGAAUAAGCAUGUUUUUCCAAUGGCGUGUUCCACCGCAGCCAAAAGCAGCAUGAAGGUGAUUCGCUCGGUCUCCGCUCCCACCUCUCUACAGUACCUGUGUUGCUCACGACUCCGCAAGCUGCUCCCGUCUGGAGUCGAUGCCCUCAGAGUCCUGCCCCUGCCGCCCGGCCUCAGACACCUUCUUCACUCCGAACUGGGAUGGGUGCUAAGCCUGGAUCAUACGCACACGCACUCGAACACACACACCCCGCCAGGACCCUCCUCGGGCAGUGACUCUGAGGGCUGCUCCUCAGACCCGGAGACCUGCCAGCGGAAACGUUGCCGCUGGACCUGAGGCUGCGAGUGCAUGUCCAUUAUGCAUCAUUAUGCACACAUCAGAAAAUGUCUCCACAAAUUAAAAAAAAAGAACCAACAUAUAUAAACACUGGACGUGUGCUGUCAAUCACAACGGUGGAUAACAGGGCUGGCUGUAACUUCAAGGUCAGUCAAGCCUGUUUUACUAGUUGCAUCACUGGUAAAUAUUCAUCUUUCAAUGCUCUAAAGGUAGUUUGCUCCAUCAGGUGACAUUUGGAUAUAUAUUGCAGUAUUCAGUCAUAGUCAGUUUUUAUUAUGUUGUGAACGAGUGGAAUGAAGACCAUCAGCUCUUCGAAAAAAACAAGAUGUGAACCUCAUGAACCUGUUCUGAUGUGGGAAACAAUAACAUGCCGCCAUCUGAAACGCAGGCAAACACUUCACAAAAAAACCCCCACAAACGAUACACAACACUUUGAGUGAACUGUACAUUUCUCCAUUACUGCAGUGACUUGGGGGCAGAAAAAGUUACCCGAUCUCCUCUGAAGUAAUGCAUAUUCAUGUCUUUCUCCAUUACAGGCCAGUCAAACAUCUCAGCACUUCAGAGUGUCAAGGUCUGUUCCCUCUUGAUGUUUGAACAAUCAUUGUAUGUUUUUACUCUCUUCCUAUAUUGUCAAACAGCUUGGACUAACCAAUAGACAGUAAGUAACAACAGUGACGUCAUGAUGAAUGUCUGCAUAAAUGUGUUAUAAAUACCUUUAUGUUGAAAUGGUGAGGAAAAUGCCUGUGUAUUUUGACCGUUUUUGGCUCUAGGAAUUACUUUGGGCCCUAGUUCUUACUCAAAGUGUGUUUAUGUGUGUCUGAACAGUAUUUCCAUAGAAAUUCUGUUUCCCUGGAAAUACCUUGAUGCAGUUGUCGAACUGACUGAUGCUAACUGAAGUGGAGGUUGAUUCAGUUUUCAAUCUGUGCAACGUCUCUACAUGAGGUUCAUAUUGAAUUCAUGUGGGGUUUAUAUUGCAGAUUUUGUAAUUCAUUGUUUAAAAAAAAGCAAAUCGUGUUUUUGUUAUGCAUAAAGCACUUUUUGCGUUUAUUGUAUGUAUGUAGAAAUAUAUACAGGUCCCUAUACUGUGUUCUAAGCGUAUUGUGUCGUAAGCGCUCUCUCUUUCUCUCAUUCACUCUCUGUCUUCUCUCUUCCUUCUCUUGCUUCUACACCAUACAUUAAGCAUGGCCUUUUAUAUGAGUCAAGAAAAAAAUAAGGAAAAUUAUAUAUGCAUUAAAAAAGGGGCUGAAUAUGUUUUUGUUUGUUUGUUCUUUUUGAGAUCUUAAUAAAGGUUUCCAAA